AUGGCAUCACCCACGUCCUCGCAGAAGCUGGAGGAGAAGCUGGUGUGCUCCAUCUGCUUGGAGCUGUUCAGGGUGCCCGUGACCUUGCCGUGCGGGCACAACUUCUGCAAGGGCUGCAUCAGCGACCACUGGCACAAGCAAGAGCAGGCUCCCGCCAGGGCCGAGAAGGGGUACACCUGCCCUGAGUGCCGCAGGGACUUUGAGCAGCCUAACGUCACCCUGUGCAGUGUAGUGGAGCUGCUGCGGGACGGUGAAGUGCGGCUCUCGGGCGCGGAGAGGUGCGAGGUGGCCCGCGGUGAGCUCUGCCCGCAGCACGGGCGGCCGCUGGAGCUGUACUGCGAGGAUGAGCGGCGGUGCAUCUGCUGUGUCUGCACCGUCCAGCAGUGCCAGCGGCACCGGCGGGUGCUCUUUGAGGAGGAACGCUCUAAAAAACAGGCCCUUUUGAAAGAGUCGGUGGAAAAAGCCCAGGAGGAAUCAGAGAGGAUCGAGCAGGUGAUACAGGAGCUGGAGAAGCAAACACACAGUAUCAAGGACUCUUCUGAGCAUCUCAAGUUGGUGAUUCAGAGAAAAUUCACCUUCCUGAGGAAAGCCUUGGAGGAUUUCCAGUUGCAGACAGUGACCAGGAUUGAGCAAGAGGAGGCGGCAGCACUGGAGCGCAUUGAUGAGGAUUGGAACAACCUGAAGGACCACCUGGAUGUCCUCAGCCAGCACAAGGAGAAGGUUCAGCAUCUGCUGGCUUGCCCCGACCACAGGACCUUCCUCCAGGAGUUCCCCCUGCUCCAGUCUCCAGAGAGCCCAGAGAUGCUGCUCCCUGUGAAGUUCGAUGUGGCCGACGUGGUCAAGCCCAUCAAUGAGAUCCUCACCAACAUCUCCAGGCUGCUGCUGGAGGACCUGCCUGGCUCUGUGGCCCCCGAAGCCCCUGACCCAUCCUUCACAGACCCGGUGCAUCCACGGGGGCCAGCAGAGAAGGUGGUGGCCCCUCUCCCUGAGUGCGAGCUCCGAGCUAAGCUUCUGAAGGAUCACCGCAACCUGACCUUCAAUCCCAAGACGGCCAACAAGUACCUGGAGCUGUCAAAAAGUAACCAGAAAGCCAAGCACGGCCCCGGCGCCGUCUGCGGGAGGCAGGAGCAGGGACGCCGUUUCGAGCCCUGGCAGGUGCUGUGCACGCAGGGCUACAGCCACGGCCACCACUACUGGGAGGUGAAGAUUUCCAGCCACUCCGUCAUUCUGGGGGUGACGUACCGCGGCCUCCCCCGGGAGCGGCAGCAGGGCCACAAGUUCAACAUCGGGCUGGAUGAAGGCUCCUGGGGGCUGCAGGUGCGGGAGGAUUGUUACCUGGCCUGGCACAAGGGCCAGCCGGAGAAAAUCCAGGAGCGGCUGUAUAAGAACCUGGGGGUCAGCCUGGAUUACAGCAAGGGGCUCCUCUCCUUCUACGGACUCGGGGAGAGGAUGCAGCUCAUCCACACUUUCCACCAUGUUUUCACCGAGCCCCUCUAUCCCGUAUUUUGGCUGUGCGAGGGACGAAAGGUGACACUGUGCCAGAGGGACUGA